GGUAAAACAUUAAUAUCUGUGCUUCUCCUUCUCUUGGUCUUCUACUACACAUCUUGUCUUCAACCUUGCCCUUCCGGGAGGUUGUCUGAAAUGCCUCGACCAUUUGCAUUUGGUAAGGACCUUUGGGACCCGUCCCAUCGGUUCGAGACAUCUUGGCUGCUCCCUCCCUAUGUCCUGUUUUUCUUUAGGGCUCUUUUUGCCCUGUACGCGCUCGUCACCUCGGUCUUCGUCCUGGGGUGGUACUGCUCGCACCCCCUCCUAGGCGGCUGCUUUCAGUCUCGGAACGAGUUCUCCUACUUCACCGUGCUGACCUACUGGGGCCUUGCCUUCUACUUCCUCGUCUCGGCCGCCCACACGCUCAGCUACGCGCUCACCGGCCGACCUCUGCUCGACCGCUUCCCGCGGCCCCUUCAGGCCCUGCACUCGCUCUUCUACACGACCGCCGUCGUGUACCCCGUCGUCGUCACCGUCGUCUACUGGGCCCGCCUGUACUCGGGCACCUGGUUCCCGGAGCAGUUCACCGCCUGGAGCAACCUGUCCCGCCACGCCCUCAACAGCCUCUUCGCCCUGUUCGAGAUCCUCGUGCCGCGCACCGCCCCGCCCCCGCCCAUCCACAUGCUCUGGCUCGUCGUCAUCCUCGCCCUCUACCUCGCCCUCGCCUACCUCACCCACGCCACCAAGGGCUUCUACGUGUACUCUUUCCUCGACCCGAACGAGUCGGGCAAGGGCUUUGUCGUCGCCUAUGUCUUCGGCAUCGCCGUCGGCUGCCUCGUCGUCUUCGGCGUCGUGUGGGGCCUGAUCUGGCUCCGCCGCUGGGUGACGGAGGAGAAGCUGCACAUGGACGGGAAGCUUGCGCGGCAACACGGCGCCAGAGUCGACCCGGCGGAUCGCGAUUUGGAGAUGUCGGGGAAAUAAGGAGUCCCGUGUUUUGGUGCUUUUUUGGUGUUUUGCGUCAAGUGGUGAGGGGCAGUCAGUAAUAUGGGCUUCAGGAUAUCUACUCUUGGAAUAUCUCUCCCGCGGUGUUUGUGUGUUAGGAAUGGAUAUACCCCGUGAAUCUGAUCAAAAAUGAGGCGCUUAACUAGUUAUAUACCCC